AUGGCAAAAGUUUCAUUCAUCUUUGUUGCUAUUGCCCUUAUCACUGGCAACGUGCUCUGUCAAACUGACGCUACAUAUGCUGUAAGCUCUUCUGCUCCUGGCUACAAGAUUGACGGACAUGUUCGCAAGACUGAAGCUGGUCUUCAUAUUCCUCUCACCCUCAAUUCUCGUGGUAACAAAAAGACUGGUAUCGAUACCUUUGGUAAAACUAUCAAGGACAUCACUGUUGACGUUGAAUAUGAGACUGAAGAGAGACUUCACGUCAAGAUUGCCGAUAAAGCCAAGAAGCAAUACCUCGUCCCUGACUCUCCUUUAGGUUUUGAACGUCCUCAAAUUAAGCACUAUGUCUCUCCCAAGCAUAGCAACUUAGACUUCCAAUACACUGCCAAACCCUUCAGUUUCAAGGUCGUUCGUAAGCACGACAAGACCACCAUCUUUGAUACCACCAACUUGCCUUUGGUCUUUGAAGAUCAAUACUUGGAAUUGUCUACCAAGGUCCCCAAGGAUGCCAACAUCUACGGUAUUGGUGAAGUUACUGCUCCCUUCAGACGUACUCACAAUGUCACCACCCUUUGGGCUCGUGAUAACCCAGAUGACUUCUACCGUAACAUCUAUGGUGCACAUCCUUACUACCAAGAAGUUCGCGACGGAAAGGCCCACGGUGCUCUGUUGAUGAAUGCUCAUGGUAUGGAUGUCAUUACCACUGAAGGCCGCAUCACGUACAAGGUCAUUGGUGGUAUUCUCGACUUUUACUUCUUUGCUCCCAAGUCUGGUACUCCCAACGAUCUCAGUAUCGCUUACACCGACUUGAUUGGUAAGCCCAUGAUGCCCUCCCACUGGAUGCUUGGUUGGCACCACUGCCGUUACGGUUAUCCCAACAUUGACAAGGUUGAAACUGUCAAGAGAAAGUACAAGGAAGCCAACAUCCCCCUCCAAACUGUUUGGGUUGAUAUCGAUUACAUGGAGGAGACCAAGGAUUUCACUUUUGAUAAGGUCAACUUCCCUCAAGAGAGAAUGAUCGGUUUGGGUAAACAACUCCACAAGGAUGGCCAAAACUACGUUGUCAUGGUGGAUCCCGCUAUCAAUGCCAACUCUACUUAUGAGCCCUAUGUCAGAGGUACUGAUAUGGAUGUCUGGAUCAAGAAUGCUGACGGUUCUGAUUUCAUCGGUGAAGUCUGGCCUGGUUUCACUACUUUUCCUGAUUGGUGGCACCCUAAUGCUACCAAGUACUGGAACAAGGAAAUCAUUGACUUUGUUGAUUUGCUGGGUGUGGAUGGUCUCUGGAUCGAUAUGAAUGAACCUGCUAGUUUUUGUCUCGGCUCUUGCGGCACAGGCAAGGUUGAUGCCGGUAAUCAGCCUUACCGUUGGACAUACACUGAAGAAGAGCAAGUUGCUAACCACACUCGUUGGGAGAAGGAAUUGAAAGCCAUGGGCAACCCUCCUGGAGAGAAGCGUAACUUGCUGUAUCCCAAGUAUGCCAUCAACAACGGUGCUGGUAACUUGUCUGAGUUCACUGUUGCUACCACUGCUCUUCACUAUGGCAAUGUUCCUCACUACGAUAUCCACAACCUCUAUGGUCAUGCUGAAAGUCAUAUCACUCGUCAAGCUCUCAUCAAGCACAAGAACAAGGUUAGACCUUUUGUCUUGACUAGAUCUAGCUUUGUUGGUAGUGGUAAGAAUGUUGGUCACUGGACCGGUGAUAACCACUCCUUCUGGUCUUACCUCAAGUCCUCUGUUGCCAACAUUCUCAACUUCCAAAUGUUUGGUAUCUCUUACUCUGGUGCUGAUGUCUGUGGUUUCAACUCUGAUACUACCGAGGAGUUGUGUACUCGUUGGAUGGAAAUCGGUGCUUUCUACCCCUUUGCUCGUAACCACAACAACAAUGCUGCUAAAGAUCAAGAGCCUUACCUCUGGGAAAGCACUGCUGAAGCCAGUCGUAUUGCUAUUAACGCUCGUUAUGAGAUGCUCCCUUACUUUUACACUCUCUUUGAAGAAUCCAACCGUUUGGGUCUUGGCGUCUGGCGUCCUCUUAUCUUUGAGUACCCUGCUUAUGAGGGACUUGUCUCCAAUGAUGUCCAAACCUUGAUUGGUUCUGACAUCUUGCUCUCUCCUGUCCUCGAUGAAGGCAAGACCUCUGUCAAGGCUCAGUUCCCUGGUGGUCAAUGGUACGAUUGGUACACUCAUGAACUCACUGUUGAUAACAAGAGCAACAAGAAGGUCAAGACUGUCACUUUGGAUGCUCCUCUCACUCAUAUCCCUAUCCACAUCCGCGGUGGUGCCAUCAUCCCUACCAAGACUCCCAAGUACACUGUUGGUGAGACCUAUGCUACUCCUUACAACCUCGUCAUUGCUCUUGACAGCAAGGGCGAAGCUUCCGGUAGACUUUACAUUGACGAUGGUGAAUCUUUGAAGGUCAAGUCUAGCUCUGAUAUCACUUUCACCUACAAGAAUGGUCAUCUCAAGGCUUCUGGCAAGUUUGGCUAUAAGAAGGCCGAGAAGAUUGGCUCCAUCACCAUCAUUGGCAAGCACACUAGCAAGCUUCAAAAGGCUUAUGUUGGCAAGAAGACUGCCAAGUUGACUCAUGGCAAGAACGAUGUUACUCUUGAAGGUGUCUCAAUUGACUUGAGCAAGUCCUUUUCCAUUGAAUUCAAAUAG